GUUCCUGAUAGCCUUGGACAGUGUAUCAAAGUCUGGUCGUCAUGGAGAUUGCAGUCAGUCAUCAUCAGCCACUAUUUUGUGGACCUGUACAGGGCUAUGCAGGGCUAUUGUUUCUCAUGUGUAGGCAGUUUAUAUUGUAUGGACAGUGUAUUGGAUUACAGCCCUUGUGUCAGAUAUACUGCAAUUGAUGGCCUAUUUGAAUACAAGGUCAUAAUGGACACUAACUCUCAAAAUUAAACGGAAUAUGUUCUUGAGAAGUGUAGGAUCCUCACUAUGGCCAUCCUCUGCAUAGUCUCAUAACAAGCACCCGCUGUUACAAGGAGCAGUCAUCUACCCUGGCAAGGGCAGUGCUUGGCAACCAGUAGUGACUGCCAUUCCUGCCAUGACAGAAGUGCCCAAGGAAUCUAUCAUUGCCAACACAGACUUCACCAUAACAAGUGGACUAGCAAAAAGACGACUGUCUAGUAAGAAGCGUAAGAAGCAGCUUGAGGCACACAGACACAGUGGGUGUGGUGACUCCGCCCACUCUGAUAGAUCUCACAGUCCUAGUGACUCAGCGUACGGCAGCUGUCAGUCAGUGUCAUCCCACCCACUCACCUCCCCACCACACGACAGAACUACUGAUACGGGACAGCAGUUAACCUCCACAUCUCACACUCUCUCACGCUCCACCAUCCUCUCCCAUACUUCCUCCUCGUCCUUCCACCCGCCCACACACUCACAACCCGCCCCCUCAUCUCACACCACUGAGCUGAGGAACCCCGGCAACUGCCCACCACACGCAACCAUGCCUGCCCUUGCUCAAAACCAGUACUCAAAUCCAGUAAUGCUGAGUCAGCUGCAGCAGGAGCUCAACUAUCGGUUCCUGUCAAAUGGAGGGAAACCGCAACCAGAGCAAACCCUACCAGAUCAGGAGGCGUACAGUAGGAAGCCCAUCAAGUGGUGCAAUGCUCACGUCUCAGUGGCCAAGAUGAUCCAACAACACCAGCUAGAGGCUCAGAUCCAGGCCCAUCCCCAACCACAGAGCCUCCCCACGUCCAUGGAGCACACCUCCUACAACACUACACAGACCGGGGCUACUCUAUCAGCAGCACAGCAACAACAACUGGCUGUAUUACAGAUGUACGGAGUUCAGCCUGGUGGAUACAUGGCUCUACCAUACUCAACCAUGCAUGAAGUGCCAUUAGUUCAGUUUGCUACUCUGCCUCAAGUGAACACAUCCAACAAUGCAGCCAUAUUGAAACCUGGAGAACAAGCUAUACUAGGCCUGCCCUCACACCCCAUGCAGAUUGCAGCCUCAGGGGCUGGACAUAUGCAACACUAUGCACCUGCCCAGAUGGCAGUCAGCAAUGCAGGGGGUCUGCUCAUGCAAGGUGGGGGGUCUUGGAUGACUCCUGUGCCCAUGGUUGGAGGGAAUUGUGUUGUUAACCCUCUACAAGCUGGAAUUCUGGCAGCUCCGUGGGUGAAAUGAACAAUUGAUUCCUGACUCAGUGUAAUAGACGAUGCAACGAUGCAACUGUUCAAGACAAAUCGCAUAAUUAUACUAACUUGUGUUGUGUUUGUGAAAUUAUUUUUCUAUUGUAGAAGACGUUGUAUAAUCACAUGCCGUGUGCUUUAGAGUUACUGAAAUCAUUGUAGUUCAGUUUUAUGUACCCCAACUCAUCGUAUGUCACUGCAAUAUUGUACCACUGAAGUACACACAUUUUUAAAUGAAGAUCAUUAUUUUUUUCGGGUAUAUAA